GGCGCAAUUGUUAAUCCAUUAUCUCGGAACAGUUUUUUUCAAGUUGUCCAGAUGAUAGCUCAAUCUUUUGGGGUUAGAGACGACAAAGAGUUAGGCUGCAAAGGCAUAAUGGAACUGGGAAUCCCAAAACUUGAAGAUAUGUCAUUUGAAUGGUCUAAUUGUUCGAAAUCAGAAUUCCAGCGAGUACUUACCGAUUCUAAUUAUUCUUGUUACAAACUAUCAUCUACAAUCUCGGAUGACCCUGAUCCAUCACCAGCAAGGGUCUUAAUUUUAAGCCCAGCGACCCAAAUUCAUUACGCUUUUUAUACAAGCGACCAUCAAUUGAGAAUUGAACGUUCUGGAAAUAUUUUUCAAGGUUCUGAAUUUUGGAAUAAUUAUAGAAACCCGAAGACUAAUCGCAGCAAUACUUAUGUUCAAAAUGUAUUACUGAUUCUUGAUUAUAAUUUGAGAGACUUAUACAAUGACAAAUAUGAAUUGGCAAUUCCAGUUCUUCAGGCUUUAGAAAAAGCAGCUGUUAGAUUAAAUGAGAUAGAAAGUCCAAAAAUUUUAUUAAGUGUUAAAGGAAUUAUUGUGCCUGAAGUAAGAAUUGAAGAAUUCUGAGUUUUUAAUUUUUAUAAAAAAUUUAUUUCAUAAUUACAGCAUUCAGAUGUCUUUGGGUUACC